AUGAUUGGCCUGAGGGGAGUCGGAUGGUUCAAAACGUUCAAUAUCAAACGCCGAGCCGAGAUACGGCGCUUUGAAAGUGUCUCGUCGUCUGCAACUCUUACCUCGAAAACUUCGAAUCGCUGUAACUUGAGCGACGAAGAGAUGGGACCACUCGAUUUGAUGCACAUGCUUCGUGAGAUCCGGAACAAGGAGAAGCGGAUCAAUCGCACGUUGGACAGUUUUAAAGCAAAUGUCAAUGAUACCCUAAUUCAAUCCCAAUCAAUCGAAGCAGUCCGCCUAUCAACGGAACUCUGCUUCAGAAUGGCUGGGCUGAUUUUAGACUCGAAUGAUCCAUUCACCGAUUUCUGA